CCCAGUUUUCAGAAGCAUGCUUCACAAAUAUGGAUCACACUACGUGACUUACACACUUACCAGGAAAAAGUCUCUGAAGUUUCCCAUUAAGGAUAUUCUAAAGUUUGAAGGUACUCGUAAAUAAUUUGACUGAAUGCCAACAUAUAGGAAUGAGAGAGAAAAUUAAGCACGUGGAAGAAUCAUAUCCUUCUUUCACCUAGUCCCUGGAUAUUGCUGAAAUUUUGUCCUAAGAAGAAAUAAUGAUUUGAAGGAUUAGAACAAAGAUGGACAGAUAAGAAAAGUAUUGAGCAUCUCCAAGGAAACAGAAACCAAUAUGACAAAAAAUAUGAUCAGAAACUUUUUUCUUUACAAGUGUCUGUUUGCCUUAACUUUUUGGAACCAUAUCAGCCUGUCUGUGGAAAAUGAACUCUUUACAUCUGUUUCUAACGAUUUUCCAGAAGAUGGUUCUGACAAAAAAAUCAAGAGCCUACCACUCCUGUAUACAAACAGUCAUCAGUCCAAAGCUAAUUUUGACUGGGUUGUGAUACAAAAUACUACAGAAAGCCUGUCAUUGUCAGAAAUCACAAAUGACAAUGUAAAAAAAUUAGUAGCUUUAUUAUCUGAUUUCAAACAAGGCUCCAGGUUACAAAAUCUGACACUGACAAAUGUGUCAGUGGACUGGAAGAAUCUUAUUGAAAUUUUUCAGACUGUAUGGAACUCAUCCAUUGAAUACUGCAAUAUUAACAGUGUAACACAAUUGUCGGACAUUGAAAGCUAUGACUUUGACUAUUCAGGUACCUCUUUAAAAGCAUUGACAGUGAAGAAAGUUUUAAUCACAACUCUGUACUUCUCACAGGAUGACCUAUACAAAUUAUUUGCAAACAUGAAUAUUGCAGCCUUGACAAUAGCAGAAUCAGAGAUGAUACAUAUGCUGUGUCCUUCGUCUGACAGUCCCUUUAGAUACUUAAAUUUUUUAAAGAAUGAUUUAACAGAUCUUCUUUUUCAAAAAUGUGACAAAUUAAUUCAACUGGAGACAUUAAUCUUGCAGAAGAAUAAAUUUGAGAGCCUUUCCAAG